CAUCGCUAGAGGAGGGCAGAGAGAGAAAAAUCACAGCCACCACCACCACAACAUGAUCAUCACCCCACAGCCCGAACACACUGGUGUAAAAAACAACAACCUUGAGCAUUUCGGGCCGAAACUGAGGUGUGGUCUCACCGUCGGUGCGCAAACGGGCCGUGUUUAUCUCUGUUUUUAAACCGUCAGGGAGUGGAUCUGUCUCGGACGCCAUCUUUAGCAGCGACAGUAGCCCGGGAGAGUGAAGAGCUGCUGGGCCACCGUCAACCAGCACCGGGCUGGAGGAGUUUCUCUAGCGGACACUCGUGCUUGACAGCGAUCGAUAAGUUUGUCGGGACUGAUUCGGGGUCGGUAGGCGUGUUUCUGUCCACCGGGGUUUGUUGUUGUUGUGCUCGGAGUAGUUUUCUUGGGCUGGCUGCUCAUCCUGGCCUGUUGGGAGGGUUUUGGUCCGUAUGAGGCCACUGUCUUGCAGAUGAGCCAUCAGUGGGGGCUGUCGUGUCGCAGACCCAGAUAGUGACUGGCGGCUGCGGCCCAGGCCCUGCCCCCUCUCAGCAUGCCCAACGCUGCUCGCGCAGGGAGUCUGAAGGACCCCGAGAUCGCAGAUCUCUUUUUUAAAGAAGACCCUGAAAAACUCUUCUCGGACUUGAGAGAGAUUGGUCAUGGCAGCUUCGGCGCUGUAUACUUUGCACGGGAUGUGCGGACCUCAGAGGUGGUGGCCAUCAAGAAAAUGUCAUAUAGUGGAAAACAGUCUAAUGAGAAAUGGCAGGAUAUCAUAAAGGAGGUGAAAUUCCUUCAGAGGAUAAAGCACCCAAACAGCAUAGAGUAUAAAGGAUGCUACCUGCGAGAGCACACAGCAUGGCUGGUUAUGGAGUACUGUCUGGGGUCUGCCUCAGAUCUCCUCGAGGUACACAAAAAACCUUUACAAGAGAUGGAAAUAGCAGCGAUUACUCAUGGUGCUUUGCAGGGGUUGGCGUACCUCCACUCCCACAACAUGAUUCACAGGGAUAUCAAGGCUGGGAAUAUCCUGCUCACAGAGCCUGGACAGGUGAAGCUGGCAGAUUUUGGUUCUGCUUCAAUCGCCUCUCCUGCUAAUUCAUUUGUGGGUACUCCUUAUUGGAUGGCCCCAGAGGUGAUCCUGGCAAUGGAUGAGGGUCAGUAUGAUGGAAAAGUUGACAUCUGGUCUCUAGGAAUAACCUGUAUUGAAUUAGCUGAAAGAAAACCACCACUCUUCAACAUGAAUGCAAUGAGUGCCUUAUACCACAUCGCACAGAAUGAGAGUCCAACCCUGCAGUCCAGUGAAUGGACGGACUACUUCAGAAACUUUGUGGACUCCUGCUUACAGAAGUUGCCCCAAGAUAGACCUAACUCUGAAGAACUGCUGAAACAUGCAUUUGUCCAGCGCGAGCGUCCGGAGUCAGUGCUUAUUGACCUAAUCCAGCGCACCAAAGAUGCUGUGAGAGAGUUGGACAACCUGCAGUACCGCAAAAUGAAAAAGAUCCUCUUCCAGGAGGCUCACAAUGGCCCUGCAGCAGAGGUCCCAGACGACGAGGAGGAGGUGGAGCACAGUGUUGGCCGCACAGGCACAGUGAACAGUGUGGGCAGUAACCAGUCCAUCCCUAGCAUGUCCAUCAGUGCAAGCUCACAGAGCAGCUCAGUUAACAGCCUGCCUGACGCCACAGAUGCCACUGAUGAUAACAAGAGCGAGGUGGACUUGAUGGAGAAAGACCAAACCAUCAUACCCAACAGCUCCAUGAAACAUGUCAAACCGGAGGAAGAGAGCUACCAGGAAGAUACAGAGUCUCAGAAACAGCCCACAGAGCCUCAGUCUCCCCCAGCACAGACUCCACGGCGUCAAUACCGGAAUCGAGAGCAUUUUGCCACCAUUCGCACAGCCUCCCUGGUGACGCGUCAGAUUCAAGAACACGAGCAGGACUCUGAGGUGCGUGAGCAGAUGUCUGGCUACAAACGAAUGCGCAGGCAGCACCAGAAACACCUUCUGGUCCUUGAGAACAAACUGAAGGGCGAGAUGGACGAGCACAGACUUAAGCUAGACAAAGAACUGGAGAACCAGAGGAACAGCUUUGCUGCUGAGAUGGACAAACUCAUCAAGAAGCACCAAUGCACCAUGGAGAAAGAUGCCAAGACUUUUACCAACGAUGAAAAGAAAUUCUUGCAACACAUUCAGAGCCAGCAAAAGAAGGAGCUCAACAGCUUCCUGGAGUCUCAGAAACGCGAGUACAAACUACGCAAGGAACAGCUCAAAGAGGAGCUGAAUGAGAACCAGUCCACACCAAAGAAGGAGAAGCAGGAGUGGCUGUCCAAGCAGAAGGAGAACUUCCAGCACUUCCAGGCAGAGGAGGAGGCCAACCUACUUCGCCGGCAGCGGCAAUAUUUGGAGCUUGAGUGCCGCAGGUUCAAACGGCGAAUUCUCAUUGCACGUCACAACGUGGAGCAAGAUCUAAUGAGAGAGGAGCUGAAUAAGCGUCAAACGCAGAAGGAUCUAGAGCACGCCAUGCUGCUCCGACACCACGAGUCUAUGCAGGAGCUGGAGUUCAGACACCUGAGCAACAUCCAGAAGAUGCGUGCAGAGCAGAUCCGCCUGCAGCACCAGACAGAGCUCACCAACCAGCUGGAGUACAACAAGCGCAGGGAGAGGGAGCUCAGACGCAAACACGUCAUGGAGGUGCGACAGCAGCCCAAGAGCCUCAAGUCCAAAGAGCUCCAGAUCAAGAAACAGUUCCAAGAUGCAUGUAAGACCCAGACCCGGCAGUACAAAGCCCUGCGAAACCAGCUGCUGGAGAGCAUACCAAAACCUGAACACAAGACCAUGCUGAAGAGACUGAAGGAAGAGCAAACCAGGAAACUAGCAAUCCUCGCCGAACAGUAUGACCACACCAUCAACAACAUGCUCUCCACACAGGCUUUGCGUCUAGACGAGGCACAGGAGGCGGAGUGUCAGGUGCUGCGGAUGCAGCUGCAGCAGGAAUUGGAGUUGUUGAAUGCAUAUCAGAGUAAGAUCAAGAUGCAGACGGACGCUCAGCAGGAGCGAGAGAGGAAGGAGCUGGAGCAGAGAGUGUCCCUCCGGAGAGCCCUACUGGAGACUAAGAUCGAAGAGGAGAUGUUGACCUUGCAGAACGAGCGCACAGAGCGGAUCCGUAGCCUGCUGGAGCGUCAGGCUCGAGAAAUCGAGGCCUUCGACUCAGAGAGCAUGCGUUUGGGCUUCAGCAACAUGGUCUUGGCCAACAUCUCUCCUGAAGGCCUCAGCCACAGCUUCCCAGGGGCCCCAGCCAGUUGGAUCCCCCAUCAGCAUCACUCAGAUGGCUCUCAGGGGACACAGUGGGGCAGCAGCUCUGGUUCAGGGGCUGGCCAUCACUACCACUCAAGUCAGGGAGGAGCACAGGCCCAGCAGGGCUGGAGCCAAGCCAUCCCAGGAGGUGGGCUUCCUCCGUGGGGCCACUCCCCCUCAGGCCCCCAAGGGGCCAUGCCAAAAAGCAGUGGGGGGAUGCGGAACAGCCCUCAGGCACUUAGGAGGACCACCUCAGCGGGGCGCACUGAGCCGGGCAUGAGUAGGAGCACCAGCAUCACAUCUCAGAUAUCCAACGGUUCGCACCUGUCUUACACAUAGACACCAGUGCGUUUGUGCCAACCCUGCACACAAAAAAACACACACAGGGUAGGGGAACGCACUGGCCCACACUAAACUCUGGCACAGAGAGCAGAGCCAACUACACUCAUCUACCUAUCUCCCUCUAUCCCUUCUUUCUUUUCCUUGGCUUUCUCAUUUCACUUGCAAUGAUAGCAAAUAUCGCUCAGGUCAAAAGAAAUUCUAACUUUGUAUGACGCUUGUUUGACAGCCAUGCAGAGCUAAAGUCGAAAACACUAGUCUGAUUUAAAGCUCACUUGAUGAGAUUCAUUUAAUGCAAAAUAUAGAUAUAGAUAUAUAUGAAAUAGAUGUUUAUUAAUUUAGCUUUAGUCCACUUAAUGUGUGGAUUCAUAAACCAAAAGGAUGUUAAAAGGAGAUGUUGGCCAUAAUUCUUAAGACUUGCAUAAUGAUUAUGUAAGUAUACAAUCUAAGCUGUCAGCCUGCUGUCAUGCUCUCAGGAAAAUUAUUUGGGUUUUAAUAAAAUAAAGAAAUGGAUUAUGUGUGUGCAGUAUAUGGGUUAAGAAGAGAGCUGGCCAAUCUGUUGAUUUUUAAGUGAAAGUGUUGUCAGGUUUUUAAGUUGGAUGAUUUUUUUUUUUGCAGAGAAGGGUUUGCCUACAUCAAGUACUGUACUGAAAUUAAUGUGAAUAAAUACAAACAUUUCAAUAGGUUCAAAACUUGAUCUUACAGACGUGUUACAUGUUUAGUCAGAGAGUUAGGGUCAGUGGGGCUGUCUUGGAUUUUAAACAGUGCCGGCAAGCACAAAUGUGUUCAUAUCUCCAGCAUACUUUUCAUUUAGUCUGUACUUGCAUUAAGUAACCUAAUUAUGGCCAGACAACCUGUCUUCAGUCUUCUUAGCAUUUUGAUACACCCUUCAUUUUAUUAGUUUCAGCCAGCUUUCAUCUGGAUCAGGUGUCCAGACACAUUUAGAUGUGGUGCUUUCUUGAUUAUUUGUUGUUUGUGAUGCUUUAGGUGUGCAAUGCCAGAUUAAAGAUAUCAGAUAUAUUUUCAGUGCCUUGAAUGUGUCAAUGGUUUAAUUACUCAGUACAGACAUGCCAAGAUGAAUGUUUUCAUGUAGGUUAAAAAAAAAAAACUCAAAAAAAUGUUGUUUACUCAUGUUCCCCAAGCUAAUGAAGGGACAGUAUUGGCCCGUUUAAGAAGAGUGCGUGAUGGUGCGAAUAUAUUUUGUUGUACACCUAAACAUGAGCUUAUAUUAUCCCACUAUGUAAUGCUAAACUCUUUAUGUUAAUAAAUGUUUGAGGUGCCUUUGAAUAGCUGCCAAGCAGAAGCACUUUAUGUAGUGUGUUGUGUUCUGAGGAAUAUUUUUACAAGCGUUCUCAGCUAUGGAAAUGACUAACGCAGCUGUAAACUGUAGUGUGUGAUGGCGGAUGUCCAGGGUGUUUACUGUUACUCUUUUAAAAGAAUUCUGUGGUCAUUUUAAGGAAGAGCUAGAUAUGAAUUUGUCAGUGGGUUUAGUGCAGUACUGUCAUGAUUUCUUGAAUGGAAUGAAUGCAGAAACUGUUUGAAUGUACUCUGUCCUUCAUCAGGUUUGUGUCAUGUAUUUGACACUCUGGGAAUGUAAGGAAUGGUAGAAGCAUUUUUCUGUAGGUCAUGACAGCAGGCUUUGUUAUGUGACACUUAACUGGCUCUUUUGGAGCAGGCAAACACUUUUGAUUUGGUCUCAUGACCUCCACACUAAAUAGCAAACGGUGUGUUCACUGUUUCAUGCUUAUUCACUACCAGUCAAAUGUUUGGACAAACCUACUGCUUAGGGUUUUUUUUUUUUUACCACUUUUUACUAUAUUUUAAAAUACUAAUAUAUUCAGUAUACAUACACUAUGGUUAAAAAGUCUGGGGUUGGGAAUAUUUUUUUUAGAAUUUAAAGAAGUCUCUUAAUGCUUCUGUUUUAAUAUAUUUUCAAAUUUAAUAAAUUCCUGUAAUGGCAAAGCUGAUUUUAAGCAGUUUUCAGUGUCACAUGAUCCUUUAGAAAUAAUUAUGAAUACUGAUUGAUUUCUCCCUAUUAGGCUAAUUCAUAUUUUUAAAAAAAAAAAAUUUUCAGGACACACUUAAUGAAUAGAAAAUUUAAAAGAACAGCAUUUAUUUGAAAUACUUGCUGAAUCUAAAUAAUUUCUUUCAAAAAAUAUUACUGACCUUAAACUAUUGAAUAGUAGCGUAUAUAUAAAAGUGUAGUCUUAUUUCAGUCAAACAGCUUCAGCCAAGUAGAUUCUUAAUCUUUUCAGCAUGUAUUACAAUUCUUCAAGAAUCAAGUUUAAAAAAAACACAGCUUUUCACUACAUAUAAGGAAAUAUUAUUUUAAAUACACAGUAUUAAUUAUAUUUACCUACAAGUAAGUUUACAAAAGCUUAUGAGAAAUGCCAAGCAGAGAUGUUUAUGAACAUACAUAUUGUGAUAUUCAUCGUGAUAUUCAUUUUUCUUUUAAACGAUUCACUGGCGUGAAUCAAUUUCACCAGCUUUAUUGUUUUUGCUUAAAUCUCUUCUAAUGGGAAACUUAACGGCCAAAUUCUCUCCGCCAGGUUAAUGAGGUGCAUGCCAGGAUUCUUUUCAAUGGUAUUGGAGUUAGCACGCUUGCAUUUAUUCAGGGCUGUCCGUGUUUGACUGGUAGUGUUGUUUAUCCUGUAUUUAAUGAAAUCAAUAGCUGCCCCAAAGAUUUAACAGCCAAAAAAGGUAUUUUCUCCCUCACUUGUUGGCUGUUAUAAGCGAGUAAGAUGACCGAGUCCGCGAGCAGAAUUUCGCAGGGAUCUUUCCAUCCCCUCUCCCCUGCUCUCUUCUGUCCUCUGUGCCGCCCGUGCCGCAGGUGUCAGCUCCCAGUAUUGUGAGGAUAUGAGCUGUGCUGCCGAUGCCCCUGCCUGCCCUUACUCUCCCUCACUGCUUCACAUGCCAUCACUCCUCGCCAAGCUCCGCCUGGAUCCAGCGUUUCAAUGCACGGAUGCCUGAAUGCACUUUCUUGGGGGAACUUUUCAAGCUAACUCUUUGUUUUUCCCAAGCGAGUUUAUCUAGUCGGUUUGCUUUACAUCACUUUGACUGCAGGAGUCGCGUUGACUGACUCGUUCUUGCAAAAUUUUUACUCAUGUUUUAACACUUUUGAUGGAGUACAAUGUUACCCUCCCCCUUCAGUUUCCAUUGUGCAAUCAUUGGUGAAAACGAAACUCUCCGGGCAGGACUUGUUUCUCCCUUUCCUUAAUAUCCCAAAACAUUUUUGUGUGACCCUUAUUACCAAAUGAAUCCAGCUCUAAUGUGAAAGAGCAGAGAAAAAAAAAAGUGUACCUAACAAACUCUAGAGUCUGGAGAGAGUGUUCAUAUUGUAUAUUUGGUUUAAAAUAAAUUCAAAAUGCAUAGAAAUGAACUGAACUGAAUCCACGACAUACAUCCCCUUCCAUCAAGAUUCUCUGCGUAUAGACAAAGGUUUUAAAAGAAAUCUAUUAAGAAUUGUAAAAUAUGUACCUUUAAAAGGGGUUUUUGGCCUGUGUAUAAGGAGCCUCUGUGUUCCGGGGGCCUCAGAGUUGAACUUCAGGGAGUAGUGUGUGUUUACACGUCACCUCUGCACACUUUGUGUUUCCAUUUGUAUUAGAAAAUCUGUCUGUUGAUCACAGGAACAUUUGAGGUCCUCUUUAUUCUGAACCCUCCGUUCACGCGAUUGCCAGAGUGUGCAGCUUAAGAGCUAUAAAAGGCACAGAAAAGAGGCAAAUGUUUCCGUUUCGAAUCCUCCCAUAUUUCGUAACCCACAGAUGAUCCGUUUUGUUUUUUUGUUUUUUAAUACCUUUUUGGGUGAGGGCUGUUCGAAUUUGGUUGGCAUUAUUCGUAAAUGUGUCAUACCUGCCACCGAUAUAGAUUACACAUUUUAUUUUUUAUUUGAUCCUAGUUUGAAACUUGUCCUACUGACUGAAUUUAGGGGAUAUGUAAGUAAUACUGAUGUAAGAGAAAUAUUAGAUUGAAAUACAAACUUAUUUUCUAAAUAAUGGAGGUUCGACCUCUGGUCAAACACUGUGCCAUCCCACAGCUGCCAAGCCCGGUCACUACUGCAUUGUGUCCUCUCCUGUUGACAGGCUAUGAAAGAGUGAUGGUUAUUUCAGUUCUGAUGGACCUAGACUCUCCCUAUCGUCAACACUACAAGAAAUGAAACGGGGAGCGAUAGAGAGGGGCUGGUCUACGGGGAAGGGCUACAUUUCUUGUAAAGAACAUCAGUAUUCAUUUGCCGUGGUGGAAAUGGCAUACUAACGUACUGCGUACCGAAAAGUAGCGCGUUAGUGUGCCGUUUCACACGUGUCCAUUGUCCUCUGGCUCAGCAUCACCACUAUAACUCAUAUGUAAUCUGUAUCAAAAUGUAUAGAUCGUGUAUCAUGUUAUUGAAUGUCUAAAAAGAAUAUACAAAAAAGUUUUAAAAAAUACAGAAUAAAUGGCUUGAAAUUGUAUUAAAGUAUUCAUGAAUCAGAGAAAACAAAGUCUAGAGAUAAAUGAACUAUUUUUUUUGUUCUGUAAUUACUGUUGUGUUGAUGGAGGAACACUGGUCAGAGGAUCCGCUGUAAUAAAAGUAAAUUUAGUACAACAUCA